AUGUCUACUUCAAAUUCAUUAAAUAAGUCAAAUUUUAUUACUAAUGCAAGUAAUACUGGUAAUAAAAUCGAGACGGAGAUACCGUCAAUUUUAAAUUCAACUCCAAAUCAAAUCAAUCAGUCAUCAGAAGUAACUAGCCAAUCUACAAUGAAGAAUAUUAAAGAUACUGAGUUUCAGUCUCAACUAGCUUCAAAAAAUUCAUUAACUUCAUCAACGUCAACUACCGUAUCUGUUUCAAAUGCACCUGAUGGUCAACAAUGUUCUAAUUGUGGUACUACAAAAACUCCAUUAUGGAGAAGAGCUCCAGAUGGUACCUUAAUAUGUAAUGCUUGUGGUUUAUAUUAUAGAUCAAAUAAUACUCAUCGUCCAGUUAAUUUAAAAAGACCUCCAAAUACAAUCACCAUUGUGAAAGAAAAAGAAGGAAGUUGUAAAGGUGAUGGAAGAUGCAAUGGAACUGGUGGUUCAGCUGCUUGUAAAGGUUGUCCUGCUUUUAAUAAUAGAAUAGUUGCUAAAAAACUGUUGGAAAAAUCGCCACCGCAAAAAUCUGCAACUUCAUCAAAUAAUCUAAAAAGAAGCAUUAAUGAAGAUCAUGAGAACUUAAUCAAAAACGAAGAUCUGAGAGGUGACAAUGAUAAUAAAAAUGACUUAGCAAUUGCUUGUUUUAAUUGUGGUACAACUAUAACUCCAUUAUGGAGAAGAGAUGAUGCUGGUAAUACAAUCUGUAAUGCUUGUGGAUUAUUUUAUAAAUUACAUGGAUCUCAUCGACCUAUUAAAAUGAAAAGAGCUACAAUAAAAAGAAGAAAAAGAAAUAUUGGUGAUAAUUCAACUAAAAAGGAAGAAAAAGGGGAAAUUGAUCAAAGUGUAUCUCCAGCUCCAUCAUCAUCAAAUACAGCAACAGCAACAGCGACAGCACCUCAGAAUCCACCUCAAAAUACAAAAUCAAUUACAAAUACUUCUCCAAAUACACCACCAGUUAUAAAUAAUAGACUACCUCCAAUACAAUUUUCGUCUUCAUUACCAUUUGGACAACAAACAAAUUCACCACCUUCGGGUACUUAUAACUAUUCAACACCACCUCCCCAACAGAUAAAUGUUUCACCAUCAAUACAACAGCAGCAGCAACAAAGACCAAUAUAUAUAAGUCAAUCAUUUUAUCCGCCUUAUAAUGGAAGUGGAAGAAUACCAAAUGGUCCAGGUCCUCUUCCUGGUCCACCACCACCUUAUUAUCAUCAAAUUAUACAACAACAACAACAAAUAAAUACACCUCAACAACAAUUACCUUCAUUAAUACCAUCACCACCAUCAAUAGAAUCAAAUAGUAUUAAAUUACCAUCAAUUAAUCAAAACAUAAAUAAAGGUGGUUGUUGUUCAAGUUGUAAAAAAGUCACAGCACCACCAGUUGCAAUUGAUUUUACAGCAACAUAUUCAAAAACUAAUUCAAUUUCAAAUGAAAAGUUAAUUAAUGAUUAUGAUUCAGAGAGUAAUUUGAAUAAACAUAGAAAUGAAAAAAAGAAAAACACGGCUUUAUCGAUUGGUGGAUUAUUGAAUAAUUGA